AUGGCAUUACAACACGGAAAACCCGCCAACCUCCUUCCGGUCCACUGGAAAUCCCAAAUCACAGAAUGGUUCGCAGAAGAUACCCCAUCUUUUGACUACGGCGGCUUCGUGGUGGGGGAUGAUGAGCGGACGGCUACAUUAUUUGGCAAAUCGAGAGGUGUAUUGGCUGGUGUACCAUUCUUCGACGAGAUCUUUAGCCAAGCGGGAUGUACAGUUAAAUGGCAUAUGGAAGAAGGAUCUUGGGUCGAGCCAGGAGCCAAGGGCAAGUUUGCAGUUGCCACCGUUACUGGGCCUGUUCGAAAGCUGCUGUUAGGAGAGAGAGUGGCGUUGAACACGCUGGCCAGAUGUUCCGGGGUGGCGACAAAGUCUAGAACGAUGGAGGAGUUGGUGCGGAAGGCGGGGUAUACUGGCAUUCUCGCAGGCACGAGGAAGACUACACCGGGCUUUAGGUUGGUUGAGAAAUACGGUAUGAUUGUCGGAGGUGUGGAUGGACAUCGGCAUGAUCUUUCGAGUAUGAUCAUGUUGAAGGACAAUCACAUCUGGGCAAAAGGGAGCAUUACAGAAGCUGUGAAGACAGCGAAAUCUGUGGGAGGAUUUGCCCUAAAGGUCGAGGUGGAAGUUGAUAAUGAGAAGGAUGCCGAUGAAGCUAUUGCCGCCGGUGCGGACAUCAUAAUGCUGGACAACUUUGAUGGCGAUGGCUUGAAGGUUGCCGCACAAAAUAUCAAGCAGAGAUGGGCCGGCAAACGAGAGUUUCUGCUCGAGUGCAGCGGCGGUUUGACAUCCGAAAACGUUGGGACGUAUAUCAAUAAUGAUAUCGACAUCAUCUCCACGAGCUCGAUACAUCAAGGAGUACCCCACGUUGACUUCUCUUUGAAAAUCGAUCACAAUUAA